AGCUGCCAUUGAAAAUCAAAUGAGUUCUCAAUUGCUUCCUUCCAAUUCAAUAAGAGGAGGAAAGCAGAAACCUGCCAACGUCGCUGGAAGGAAUGGCGGAAGAGGAAAGCGCUGGCUCUGCAGAAAGCUGCUUCCUCCUCUUCCUUCCCCGGGAGGGCUCUGGGGGCUGUGCUGUGCCUGUGGGUGCCUGGAGGAUCCUCUCUCCAUCCCCACAGAGACCCAGGAUGUGUCCUCCAUCAGGUCUGAACAACCUCAUGUCACGAUGGCAUGUCAAGAGGACGGAGGCUCCGAUGCGCUGUGAGCUGUGUGGCACUGUGACCUCCAUGCCAGAGCCGCUGCAGCAGUGCACAGCCUGGCUGAGCGCCUACUUCUGUGAGCCCAGCAGGACACAGCAGCUGCCCCUGCCACCCUUUCACCACCCCAUGCUGCAGCGAGAUUCGUUCACCAAAGAGGUGCUGUGGACCCUGCUGAGGGAAGUGAAGUUUGGAGAGGCCAUUUCUUACCAGCAAUUAGCAGAGCGAGCAGGCAACAGCCGAGCAGCAAGAGCGGUGGGAGGAGCAAUGAGGAGCAAUCCUAUCCCGAUUAUCAUACCGUGCCACAGGGUGAUUUGCAGCAGCGGGCAGAUCGGCAACUAUGGAGGAGGAAACCUUAUGAAAGAGUGGCUUUUGUCACACGAGAAGCUCCAGAAAGAGAAGUUAGCAGAUUGAUGUGGCUCAGCCACAGCUGCUCGACAGCCAAGGCACACAACUGCAGCAACUUGGCUUAUAACGAGCUCUCAGAGCACCCAGCAGAAUUCAGAAAAAUGGUAAAUAUUUGAGUGACAUAUAAAUAUAAUGCAACAUCCGAAGUGGAAUCUGUGGUGGCACCACUAUAUUAAAAAAGCAGGAUGCGUCCUGAGGGAUGCAGCUCGUAUGCCCUUUCUUGUUUUUACAUUUUACAGCAGAAUGACUGCAGCAGUCCAGGCUGGUUGUGCAUGUAUUUUGUUCUCAUCCCUGGUUCUGUUCUGUUCUAUAUUUAAUGUCCAUUAAAGCAAGGAUGAGAGAAUGGGAGAGGCAUGGCAAACGCGAGGCUCAGGCAUCCCUCUGAGGAUGCUUCUGGGUGGCCGAGGGGCCAUGCGGCCAGCGUGUCCCCGGGCAGCCCCAUGCCAGGGCUCCCACCCACUGGUGUCUGGCUGCUGAAAUGGUUUUUGAGUAAAGCCCACGUCGCAGUGUGUGGCGAAGAGCAGCCAGGGGGAGGUGGCUGUUGAGUUCCUUGUUCACAGAUUUUCUUUCUGGAUUGUAAGAAGUCCUCGAGGCAGGAGUACAAAUUUUGCUUUUGUGAUCACUGCAAAAAGCAGGUGGAGCUGUAGAGGCUGGCAAGUUGCUUGAGAUUUUUGAAAUAAGCGGUUAGGUGAGUGCAGCUUGGGCACAGUAUUGGAUGGGGCUCAUCGUAGUUGCAUUGUUAGCAGCAAUAGCCUUCCGUUAGCGUUGCCGUUUCUCUGUUGUGUGAAGCUUUGUUUCCUUUAGCCUCUCUGCAGAAAGGGUUGGAGGGAUGUUAGCAUUGAAUGCUGAGGUGCUAUAGAAAGGUUUCUCUGAAAUUGCGAGCCACCAAAAGCUGGAAUUUUCAGUAAGGGAAUCUUAAAUUCCAAGUUAAUACUGAUACUGGAAAUACUGAUUUUUUUUCAUGCGUUUAUCAUAUUUUCAUAGAUGCCUCUUUAGAAGGGCCUUUGCUGACCAAGAAAUUAUGGUGUUACAGUGCUUUAGUUAAUGUAGUAUUAUUGAUAUCUCAGAAUUACUUCAAUAAAAAAACUGCUUUGCAUGUA